GAGAGGUAGAGAAACAGGGAUACAUGUUCUCGUCAUAUAUAUACAUAUACAGAGAGCGAGAGCGAGAGAACAAAUUCAGGCUGGAACAGAGAGAAGUGACAGUAUUUUUAGUCUUCCUCAACCCUUUCUUUCUCUUCCCAGCAAGCACACGCUCUCACACAUACAUACACUCACAGACGCACACUUGCUUUAGGGUACCAGGCAGCUUGGCGUUCUUCUUUGAUGUUUUUGGUAUUCAUCAAUCUCGGUACGGUGUGCUGUGCCGUGUGCGUCUCACAGGGUGAGGAGUCUGUCUGCGUGGCUGUCUGAGGAUGCCAGUAACACUACGAAAAUGAACUUGAAAGAGUGGUGAUCCCUUUCUCUCCAGUCAAACGUCUGCUGUUGUGGGCAACGGAGGAAGCAGAGAUCUGGACCAAAUAACAAUCUCACCCCAAACCAUUUCAGAUGGAGGUGAAUGCAGACGAGAAGCGCCAUCGCACACGCUCAAAAGUGCCUGUGGAACCAGCGAUACCAGAGCUGUUCAGCUGUCCUACACAAGGCUGUGAUGGAAGUGGACAUGUCAGCGGCAAAUAUGCAAGACAUCGAAGUGUGUACGGCUGCCCCCUGGCCAAGAAGAGGAAAACACUGGACAGACAGCCUCAGGAAGCCCUGGAGGUGCUGGAGCCCUUACUGGAACCACUGGAGACAGACCCCAAGAGUGGACCCCUCAUAACCCACAUGGACAACUCCACUAGGGAGGAGAGCUACGAGACAGACGGAACAGUGGAGAUGGAUGACAGAGAGGAGGAGGUGGAGGAGGGAGUAGAGGAUGGGGGAGAUGAGGAAGAGGAGGUAGAGGAGGAGGAAGAGGAGGGAUACUUGGAGGACAAUGAGGAACAGAUGGAGCAGGAAGAAGGAGAGGUGGAGAGAGGGGAGGGAGAGGCGGAGGAGGUAGAGGUGGAACAAGAGGAAGAGGAGGGCAGAGUACAAGAGGAGGAAGAAGAGGAGGAGGAGUAUGAGGAGGAGUAUGAGGAGCAGAGUCAUGGCCAAGAGCACGAUCAGAUGAAUGGCGGCGGUGGCGGUGGCGGUGGCAGCCAUCCUAAAUCCGGUCUGACGGGGGAGAAGGACGACAACAACAACGAUGAGUAUGAGAACUAUGAUGAGCUGGUGGCCAAGUCUCUGCUCAACCUAGGGAAGAUAGCAGAGGACGCGGCCUACCGCGCCAUGACCGAGUCUGAGAUGAACAGCAACUCCUCCAACAGUGCUGAGGAAGAAGAGGAAGAAGAGGAGGAGGAGGAGGAAGAAGAGGAGGAGGAAGAAGAAGAGGAUGAGGAGGGUGGGGAGGGCAUUCAGAGGAAGGGUGAGUUGACCCUGGAUGUCGACAGUGAUGUAGUGAGGGAAACGGUGGACUCUCUGAAGCUGCUGGCCCAGGGACACGGGGCUAUGCUCUCUGACAACAUGGAGGGAGGAGACUAUGAGGACGGGAUUGGGGAGAACGGGGAAGCGAACCGUAAUGGAGGGACUGGAGGUGGUAACGGUCAGGGUAAAGCCUCUAAUGGACUGCAGGAGAGUGAUGAGGAGGUGUGUCUAAGCAGCCUAGAGUGUCUGAGGAACCAAUGCUUUGACCUGGCCCGCAAACUGAGCGAGACGCAGCCGACUGACCGCUCGGGCACAGGGCUCCCGCAGCAGAACCACCCUGGCGGAGGGGACACCCAGGGUCUGCAUCCCCAUCCGUACCAGCCUGGGUACGGGGACCUCCAGCAGAGCCAGGAGGAGAGGCGCACCCUGGAGAGGAACUACUCCGACAUGGUCAACCUGAUGAAGCUGGAGGAGCAGCUGAGCCCGCGCUCCAAGGCCUUUUCCAGCUGCGCUCAGGAUGACCGCUACCACAACCACAUCCACGACCGGGAUGAGGACACGCGGUCAGUGACGUCGGACCGUUCAGAGGAGGUGUUCGACAUGACCAAGGGGAACCUGUCUCUGCUGGAGAAGGCGAUCGCGCUUGAGUCUGAGAGGGCCAAGGCCAUGAGAGACAAGAUGGCUGCCGAGGCGGCUCGGAGGGACGGGGUGAGGUAUCAUCAUCACCAUGGAGACCAUCAUGGGGAGCACCAAUCGCGGCAUGGCUACGGAGAGGAGCGCAAGGCCCGCCUCCAUGAUGGGAUGAAGAAGCCCUACUACCAUAAAAAUUCAUCGCGUGGAGACAAGAAAGAGAGCCGGUGCCCGACACCGGGCUGUGAUGGCACAGGUCACGUGACAGGGUUGUACCCUCACCAUCGGAGCCUGUCUGGCUGUCCACACAAAGACAGGGUUCCACCUGAAAUCCUUGCUAUGUAUGAGAAUGUUCUUAAGUGUCCUACACUGGGCUGCACGGGACGCGGCCAUGUCAAUAGCAACAGAAACUCCCACAGAAGCCUGUCGGGGUGUCCAAUCGCUGCAGCAGAGAAGCUGGCUAAAGCCCAGGAGAAGAGCAUCGGGUGCGAUGGCUCCUCCAAGUCUAACCAGGGCUCUGACCGAGUGCUCAGGCCUAUGUGCUUUGUGAAACAGCUGGAGAUCCCUCAGUACGGCUACAAGAACAACGUAUCCACCAGCACGCCACGCUCCAACCUGGCCAAGGAGCUGGAGAAGUACUCCAAGACCAGCUUUGACUACAGCAGCUUCACAGACAGCAGCCAUGGCAACAAUGUCUACGGCAAACGGGCCAUCGCACCCAAACUCCAAGGCAGGGACACUUCACCUAAAGGAUAUGAUGUCAAGCGCUACUGUAAGAACUCCAGCUCGGCGAGCAGCCCGAACAGCACCUACGCCCCCAGCAGCAGCAGUAGCAGCCUGAGCUGUGGAGGAGGGGGCGGAGGAGGGGGCAGCAGCGCCAGUUCCACCUGCAGUAAGAGCAGCUUCGACUACACCCACGACAUGGAGGCUGCCCACAUGGCUGCCAGGGCCAUCCUCAACCUGUCCACGCGCUGCAGAGAGAUGCCCCACGGCCUGGGAGGAAAACCCCAGGAUCUCUGCUCUCGGAACCCAGACCUAGAGGUAGAUGAGAAUGGGACAUUAGACUUGAGUAUGAAGCAGCGUCUGGGGGGUGGCGUAAGUGCGGUGCUCACCCCCCUGGAGCCCAUGUCUCCCCAGCGCCAGGCUCUGAUGCGUUACGGCAUGGGGGAUGACUGCUGGGACCUGCCGGUCGACUACGCCAAGAUCAAAUGCAUCGACGAGGACAGCAAAGAGCCUGAUGACCUGGACCCGUUCCGAGAUCUGCUGGGGGAGCGAGGUUACUCUGGUGACGUCACCAUGCACAGCCCCAAGCCCAAGUACGCCCAGUGCAAGGAGAGCAAGAAGGACCUGAUAACUCUCUCUGGCUGUCCUUUAGCUGACAAAAGCAUUCGAAGUAUGAUGGCCACCAACUCACAAGAGCUCAAGUGCCCGACACCGGGGUGCGAUGGUUCUGGGCAUAAUACUGGCAACUACGCAUCACACAGAAGUCUAUCAGGGUGUCCUCGAGCCAGGAAGAGUGGGAUCAAGAUCACACACAGUAAAGAGGACAAGGAGGACCAGGAGCCCAUCAGGUGUCCGGUCCCGGGCUGUGAUGGUCAGGGUCACGUGACGGGGAAGUACGCGUCUCACCGCAGCGCGUCGGGCUGCCCCCUAGCUGCCAAGCGGCAGAAGGACGGCUACAUGAAUGGCUCCCAGUUCACAUGGAAGGCUGGGAAGACAGACGGAAUGUCCUGUCCCACCCCAGGCUGUGACGGCUCAGGCCACGUCAGUGGGAGCUUCCUCACGCACCGGAGUUUGUCAGGCUGUCCGCGUGCGACGUCUGCCAUGAAAAAAGCCAGACUGUCUGGACUGUCUGAAAUGCUAACGAUAAAACAGCGCACCAGCAAUGGUACCGAGAAUGAGGAAGAGAUUAAACAGCUGGAUGAAGAAAUCAAAGAUUUAAGUGAAUCUAAUUCACAAGUGGAGGCAGAUAUGAUCAAACUUAGAACACAGAUUACCACAAUGGAGUCUAAUCUGAAGUCAAUAGAGGAAGAAAACAAGAAACCGCUUGCAUACAAAGAGGCUCCCAUUAGAAAUAACAGCUGCUUACAGAUGCAUCAGAUAGAGCCGAUCAGCGAUCAGAACUUUGAUGCUUACGUGACCACGCUAACAGACAUGUACACCAACCAGGAGCAGUACCAGAGCCCUGAGAACAAAGCCCUGCUGGAAAACAUCAAACAAGCGGUGCAAGGAAUCCAAGUGUAGCCCAGCCCGCUAGCCCAGCAGACGCCAGAGCUUCUUCUCAAAGAGGAGUGAAGGAAAACAACGUCCACAGGAAAGAACUAGAAGUGACAUGAUAGGAUGACGACACAUGGUUUGCUGCUGUAACUUAUCAUUACAGUGUUAGAUACAGAUUUUUGAUCUUGAAAAAAAAAAAUGUUAUGCUUAGAAAAGUUCAUAAUGAUUUUUCUUUUUUGUCUUGCUUUGAUGAGAAGAAAAAGUAAGUGGCAGAAUAGUUUUUGAAGACAUUCACAUUUUGUACGUUUUCAUACUGUAUGAGCUGAAAUAGUGUGAUGUAAUGUUUCUAGCUGCUCGUGUAUGCACAUUUUUUGUGUAUAUUUCUGGACAGUAAGCUGAUUAACAUAGGACUUUAGUUAUUUUUAAUGCUUGAUGAUGAAGAUUUUAGAUGAAAAAGCUGCUCUGGACAGUGAAAACAAAACAAAAAUCAAGAGGGAACUGCAAGGAGGUAGCUACUUUUCAAUGAUCUUUUCCUCAAUGGAUGAUUUUGGAAUUCUAAAGAUGUUUUUUCUUCUUCUUGUGUGCAGAUUGUUGAAUAGCAAGACUUGGUGGCAAAGUAUUUUUUUUUUUAACCUUUUUUAAAGGUUGGUAGCUGUAGGUGGGGGCAUUUUUAAUAGGUGUUGGAAAUGAGUAUGGAAAGAAACUGACUUGAUGUUUGUAUGAACGUUAUAGUUUUAUUGUAAACAUCAUGACACGGAAACCCAAUGGUGGAAAUCCCAUUGUCUUGAAAAGGACUAUUCUCUCUCUUGAUCUUUUGUGUUGGUAGAUACCCAUUGUCAUUCAAUCAGCAACAAUGUGAUGUAUAACGGAAAUAGUAUCAAGGCAUCAUUCUAGCAUUUAGUAUUAGUUCUGGUUCAAAUGUCAAAACUUAUGUUGCUAGAAUCGGGCAAUGGCUCAGCAAUGUAUCUCUAAAUCAUAUGUUUAUAAUAGAUAUGGGAUGCAA